AUGACUGACGUCAACCUGUCAGCUUGUUGUAUCAUAGGGGAUGAAAUAUUAUCUGGCAAGACACAAGAUACCAAUUCUCAUUAUUUAGCAAAAACACUGUUUGAUAUAGGUAUUGAACUAAAGACAAUACACGUUGUAGGAGAUACAGUAGAGGCCAUCACCAAAUCAGUCAAAGAACUCUCUUGCACUCAUGACUAUGUAUUCACAAGUGGAGGCAUAGGCCCCACACAUGAUGAUAUUACCUAUGCAGCCAUUGCUUCAGCAUUCAACCUCGAAUUAAGACUGGAUCAACCUACACUAGACUACAUUCAAUCUCAACUCAUCAAGCGAAAUCAACCUUUAUCCCCGCAUCAUGCACGUAUGGCUACUUUUCCUUUUCCUGCUACUCUCUUGAGAGAAACAAAGAUACCAGUUGUGAUUGUUCAAGACAAUGUCUAUAUUUUACCUGGUAUCCCUCGUCUUUUCCAGUUCUUGGUAGACACAUUACGACCCAAAUUAACCACAGGCCGUUCUUUCUAUCGUUACCAAAUCACCACCUCUCAGCCUGAAGUUAUGAUUGCAGACACAUUGACUCAGUUUCAAACAAAACAUCCAGAUGUGAAAAUCGGCAGUUAUCCCGUCUGGCCAGAUCAACAUGUCCUGAUCACUGUCACCUCACACGACAAAUCAACGACAGAACACAUUGGUCAAGCACUCACACAAGCCAUUCGGGCCAAAUUAUGA